UCACCUUCUUCGUUCUUUGUAAUCCAACGACGUAUCAGCCGUCUGAGAUCCUUCGUUUGCUCAGAGCUGUACCGCAAAGGCUGCCUGCCCGUCAUUCGUUUCAACCUUGGGGAGAAGCGCGCCGCUGCUGCAGCUGCUGCAGGAGUAGUUCCUUCCUCCCUUCGAGCCUCGGGCGUGCCAUUCGAUCGUUUCGGUAUCCCGGCUACUCAGACCAAGCAUUCCGCCCGCUCCUGCAGCUUUUCUUCUUCCCGCACACCCGCAUAGCUUCUAAUCUACUACGACCACGAAGUAUAAUAACCUUCCGACUCUCCGCAUAGCCCACGGGGCCAGCGGCUGCAACCGGAAAGGGGACCUCCCUCUCGAGUGCGCAAACCCCGGACCCUUGACGCCUUCGGCCGAGUAACGAAAAGUCUUCCCAACCUUCGACCCAUUAUGGUUCGCGGUCUCCUGCCGCUGGGCGCUGCCCUCCUCGGCGCAACCGCCGUCCUGGCCGAUGGGCCGCCGAAGUGCACUUUGGACAAGAAGUGCCCGAAGGAAGCUCCAUGCUGCUCUCAGUACGGCGAGUGCGGUGUGGGCGCCUACUGUCUCGGCGGUUGCGACCCGCGGAUGUCCUACUCGCUCGAUUCGUGCGUGCCCGCUCCCGUGUGCAAGGACAAGGUUUACAAGAUGGACAAUCUCGAUCGUUACAAGGACAUCAGCGAGUACCUGGGCGACUCGAGCAAGACGGACUGGGUCGGUCAGGGUGAGCCACUCCUUUAUAACGGCAACGUCCUGCUCACCAUGCCGCCCAAGUCGGUCGGCACCGUCCUUUCCACGACUACGUAUAUGUGGUACGGCAAGGUCAAGGCACGGCUCAAGACGUCCCGGGGCGCCGGCGUGGUGACGGCGUUCAUCCUGUUCAGCGAUGUCAAGGACGAGAUCGACUACGAAUUCGUCGGAGUCGAUCUGCAGACUGCCCAGACCAACUACUACUUCCAGGGCAUUCCCGACUACAAUAACUCGGGCAACAUCACCGUCUCCGGCAACACGUACGACGAGUUCCACGACUACGAGAUCCAUUGGACACCCGACGAAAUCACGUGGCUCGUCGACGGCAAGGUCGGCCGCACCAAGAAGCGGUCCGAGACCUGGAACGAGACGCUGAACCAGUGGGACUACCCGCAGACCCCGUCGCGCGUCCAGCUUUCCAUCUGGCCCGGCGGCGCCGAGACCAAUGCCAAGGGCACCAUCGACUGGGCGGGCGGCCCGAUCGACUGGGACAGCGACGAGAUCAAGAACUUUGGCUACUACUUUGCCACCUUCAGCGAGGUCUCGGUCGAGUGCUACAAGACGGACACCCCGCCCGGCACCAGCAAGGGCAAGUCGUACUACUACGACGACGUCCGCGGCACCAACGACACGGUCGUCGACAGCAACAAGCGCACCACCCUCAAGAGCCUGCUCGGCACGGGCACCGACAUGGACAAGGGCGACACAACCUCCUCGGGCAAGCCCUCCUCGACCUCCUCCGUUAACGCCAUCCCGGGAGGCGGUUCCACCCCGCCCAACCAGGUCCCCGGCGGUAGCAACCCGUCUUCCAGCGACGGCUCGAGCUCGGGCUCCGGCAGCAGCGGUUCCUCGACAUGUAGCUCCGAGGGCUUCCAGCAGCACUGCGGCGAAGACGGCUCCAGCAGCACCGACAACAAGAACGACGGCGCCCGCGGCGUCGACCGGACGCUGGGCGCCAGCGCCUUCGCUGUCAUUGUUGGCUUCGCCGGCCUGCUGUUGCUCUGAGCCGGGCCAAAAUAAUCUGGAUGAGGGGAGACACGGGCCGAAACAAACAAACAAAAAAGGUUUGCAUUCAAAGUGUCGUAACUCUUUGUGGCGUGGGCUUCCCGGCGUCGAUGCAUACUGUUGAAUCCUCCGAUCUCAAAUACUGCCAAUUCCAGAUCUGUCGUCAACAGCUGGGUUGAUUUUUUUCUGGUUGAUUGGUUAGUAGGCUGAUCGAUUAUUUGGGGGUGUUUGUAUGGGGAAGGGAAAUGACCCUUUUGAUGUCCGUAUCCCAUGCAAUAAUGCCUUUUUCCUUUUCUUGAGACUCGGGAUAUAGCACAAGCACGUAAUGUCUUAUUUUAGUUCUUUCAUCUAUUUACUUGAUACCACACACCUAUAGUCGCUGGUU